AUUCCUACCCAAAUAUUCCAAAAUGUGGUUCUUAAAUUGGUUCUGGGAUGCGCUCGCUAGCCUAGGGCUAUGGAAUAGACACGCCAAAAUCUUGUUCCUAGGCCUUGAUAAUGCUGGGAAGACGACGCUCUUCCAUAUGUUGAAGACUGAUCGACUAGCAAUCCACCAGCCAACCUCACAGCCCAACAACGAAGAACUCCGCAUCGGCAACUGUGUCUUCAAGGCCUUCGACCUCGGCGGCCACACCCAAGCGCGGCGGAUCUGGAAAUAUUAUUUCCCCGACGUCUCCGGCAUCGUCUUCCUCGUCGACGCAGUCGACCGCGCGCGCUUUGAGGAGAGCGGGGAGACGCUUGACAGCCUCCUGACGACGCAAGAGCUUUCGCAUGUCCCGGUUCUGGUCCUGGGGAACAAGAUCGAUGUUCCGGGCGCGGUAUCCGAGCCACAGCUUCGCGAUGAGCUGAAGCUCUCGUAUACGACAGGCAAAGCGGGGAUUCCGCUUGCUGGGACGAGGCCGGUUGAGGUGUUUAUGUGUAGUAUCGUCCUCCGGCAGGGCUUUGGGGAGGGGAUCAGGUGGCUGUCACAGUACGUAUGAGUGCCAGCGUUUGGGAUGCUGAGAAAUGCCGGUGUUAUUUUGUGGACUGCGAGAGCACCACAGACGGCGCCACAGUGACGACAAACAACGUCCUGAUGCGGUAGGAUCGAGAGCACAUGGAAUUUUACUAUCAUAUUAAGACCAAUGUUAGAACACGCUGAAUGGAC